GGGUAAGCGAUCGACAUGCUUUCAGAAACCCAAAAUGGCUGCGUGCAGUGUGGAAGACGUGCUUGCUAAAGCUGAACAAGAGGAGGCUGAAAAACUCAAAAGUAUUAGCGUUCAGAAAGAACUGGAUCUUGAGUUUGACAUCGGUAACCUAGUCGCGUAUGACAAGAACCGUAUUGACAUUCGAAAAUUCCGUCAACAGAAGAAAGAUGAUUUUCUGCGGUCUCUAGCUCGUGACAACACGCAGCUCCUGAUCAACGAGAUAUGGAAGCAUCCCACAGAGAGAGUUGAGGAGGUAAUCGUAGUCAAACUACCCGAGCCGACCACUCCACUGCCGAGAGAGAAGCCCCCACCCAAGCCCAGGCCACCAACCAAGUGGGAGGAAUUCGCCAAACUGAAAGGAAUCCAAAAGAAGAAGAAAACAAACCUGGUGUGGGAUGAUGUUGCGAAAGAGUGGAAACGACGUUGGGGCUACAAGCGUGUUAAUGAUGGUACGAAAGAAUGGCUAAUUGAGGUUCCAGAAACAGCCGACCCCAAUGAGGAUCAAUUCGCCAAACGCAACAAAGCCAAGAAGGAGAAGGUGGCAAAGAACGAACUGAAUCGACUGAGGAACAUAGCCAGGUCACAGAAAAUCAAAGUGCCAGGUGUUGGACUAACGCCGACUGCCGAGCAAUCCAAAACAGACCUAGCGAGGGCGGUCAGUGUGGCCAAGGUAUCCACCGCUUCCGUAGGUAAAUUCCAAGACCGUCUACCGAAGGAGAAAGCUCCUAAAAACACCGGUAAAAAGAGGAAAUUCCAGCCCGUCAUCGGUAACUUUUCAAAUGAAAAGCAGAGGCAGCUUGAUAUGCUAAAAGUGAUGGACAGCAAGAAACCACGUCUGGACGUCGUCAAAGCGGCCAACAAACAAAUGAGAGCGGAUGACCGGGAGGAGGCAGCAGAGAAGUUUAAGAAAGGAGGCAAGAAGGGGCGCAAGGGAGGAAACUUCUCUGGAAAAGGUGGAGGAGGGAAGGGCAAAGGAGGUGGUGGGGGCAAAGGCAAAGGAGGUGGUGGGGGCAAAGGAAGAGCAGGGGGUAAAGGUAGAGGGCCUCCUGGAGGUAAAAAAGGGUCUGGAAAACCAGGGAAGCGCUAAUCAGAACAGUUGGGAACUUUGCCUGUCAUACAUCAAGUGCCUUGUCUGUUUUUUUUGGACUCCACGUUAUGAACUGACCACUUGGUUCAUCUCCCAUCUGCAUCUUGUCAUGUUAGGAGAGAUGUGUGCCCCUGUCAAGUGAAAUAAGGGUUGGGUGGGGGGGCUCCUAUUAUCCAGCUUGUAAAUAUAUCGCCUGUGACAGUGUGAAAAUGUUGCGAGGUCAGAAUUUACCUUGCCUGUCCUUGUUGUGUUGUAUAUUUGUCAGCGCAGUCCCUUUGGGUACCCACGUUUCAUAUAUUUCAACUCAAAUUAAAAUCAACUUCAUAAAGAUG